AAUUAUAGAGUGCAUCUGUAAUACGUUUAAAUGCGCGCUUCAUACACGACACUUCCGGCUGAACUCCUUAUCUGACACUCCGAAAUGUUGUAAAUUCGAUGUGCCGACGGGCUUGAAGCUGCGGGAAGCCUUUUCUUCGCGCAACUGCCAACUACUAUUGCGUGUUAUUAACCUGCACAACUAAUUCGACAGGCUCUCUGACCUCCUUCUCCUCUUAGAGCGCAGUCGGACUAGCAAUUUCUCCUGCGUGCAGACCAUGCUACGGCCAGUUUUUUAAACAAUAUAUAUAUAUUGACACUCAACGCUAUGCCAGAUAAGAACAAAGUUUUGGUCGGUGCUGGAGUAAUAUGGGGUGUAACUCUUUGCUGUCUUUUAUUUAGUCGCAAGUUACGACCCAUGGCAUUGUUAAAUUUCAUCCCUGCUAUCUUAUAUUAUCGCAAUCAAAAAAUGGAGAAUGAGGAUGAACAGAAACUUAACACAAAUGAUGCUGGUACAUCAUCAAUGAACUGUGAUACUAAUGUACAUACUACUACACAAAAUGAAGUGCAAAAUAAGCAACCAACACCAAAUUUUAUGAUGGGAGGAUUGGCAGGAGCAUCGCCACCAAAAUUCGUGUCUUUUGAUGAAAUUGUAAAAGCUGCCAAUGGAAUGAAAAAUAUGGCCUUAGCGCACGAAAUUGCAGUAGAUAAAAAUUUUCAACUGCAAAAAUUGGAACCAGAUGAUGGUAGUUUUCAUAGGCGAGUAAAAGAAAUAAUGCACAAAGCUUUUUGGAAUCUGCUGGCGGAGCAGUUGGCUGAAGAUCCGCCAGAUUAUUCGCACGCACUGGUUUUAUUGAAAGAAAUUAAAGAAUCAUUGGAUGAACUUGUACCACCGCAAAAUUCAAGAAUCAAAGAAAAUAUCAGAGAAGUGCUUGAUCUGGACCUGAUUAAACAGCAAGCGGAGAAAGGUGUAUUAGAUUUUCAGCAUUAUGCGCAAUACAUAAUUUCUAUUAUGAGUAAAAUAUGCGCGCCAGUUAGAGAUGAGAAAAUCAGAGAACUUUCACAGCAAGGGGACAUAAUUGAAACGUUCAAAGGUGUCAUGGAAUUGUUGCAGUUAAUGAGAUUGGACUUGGCAAAUUUCACUAUCACAAUGAUGAGGCCAAGUAUCAUCGCCUCGAGUAUCGAAUAUGAGAAAGCAAAGUUUGCCGAAUUUCUCAAGGUUAAUUCAAACGGUUUGCAAUAUACAGAGAGAUGGUUGCUGAGACAUUUUGAUCCAGAAAAAAUUACGGGCUCAUCAGGCGCCAAUACUAAUAAUAUAAGACAAAUUACUCAUUCUUUAUUGACAGAGGCGUAUCUAGAUCUCUUGGAGUGGGAUUUCAGCCCGGAUGCUGAGACGUUGAUGUUAGACCAAGGAAGACUUCUGGAAUUGCGUGAUAUAAUCAGCAGAUUGAGUGUCGUCGGUUCUGUGAUAUUGUUGGUUAAUAAUACAGUUGGUGCUCCAAUUCAUGGAAUUUCGAGCUUUAAAAAAAAUAUUAAGGAACACUUGAACGCGUUGUUGGAUUCUGCGCAUUCAAACAAAGAUCUAGAAACUGCAAUGCCAAAUAUUGUACUACAAGUUAAAGAAGAUGUAAAAACGACGUUACAGGAAGUCAAUGCUCCAGAGUUAUCUCCAGAAUUAGAAACAUUGCUGGAAGGCCAGAUAGCUGAUCUUGUGGAUACAAAACAUAAGAUCAGAUACCUUGUCAGUUUGCGAAUUAGACAAUUUCUGCAGAAAAUCAUUCAAUCGCAAUCCAUUGCGCCACAACAAGUACCGCCAGGCCUCUCUUCGCUGCAAGAAGAAUUGACGGCCAUUGAUGCCCGAUUCGUUAUACUUGUUUCACACAAUCGCAGCGUAUUUGGCGAGUAUUAUCAAGACAUCAUUGCAAACGCGCUCGCGAGAAGUGAUGUUGACAAUAAUAAAGAGAUACAUGGAGCUCAUACAAUGGAAUUGUAAAAAAAAAAUGGAAAAGAUGGGAUUAAAUAUACACAAUGUUAGUACACUCGACUCUCGGUUAUGUUUGUCAUACAUGUCGUGAGAUGUGUUCGAUACAUCAAAGUUGUUUUCAAGCAGUUAAAUUUCCUUCAAUAAAGACAGAUAAGUAUUGAACUGCAUUGAGUUUCAUUGCUCUACAUUUCUGUUACCAACGUAAUAGAAUCAUUUUUCUUUUUCGAUUAGAAAACAAUGUGUCGAGGUGCGAGUGUAUAUAAUUUUUCUUACUUAUGUCCAUUGUACAUAAUGGACGAUAUUCAUAAAUUAUAUAUUACAUGGUUAACAAAAUAGAAAAGA